AUGCCCAAUCCGACCCCCGCCCCUCUACCCAAUCCUCACUUCCCACGCCCAGUCCUCGUUUUCCACGCCCAAUCACUACUCCAAGCGCCCAAUCCUCAUCCUAAUACGGACAAUCCUCCGCCUUGGAGCCAAAAUCCUCACUUCUCACACCUAAUCCUCAAUUUUCACUCCUCCAUUUGCCUCCUCAUCCUAAUCUUCACCUCAACACGCUCAGUCCCCAAUUUUCACUCUUGGUUCUCCCUCUCCACACCCGAUGAUCAUCUUCCACGCCCAUUCCUCCUCCUCCACGCCUAUUCCUCCUCCUUCAAGCCCAUUCUUCAUCAUACACGCCCAUUUCCCAAUGUCCACGCCCAUUCCUCAUCAUCCACGCCCAUUUCACAAUAUCCACGCCCAUUACUCACUCUCCACGCCCAUUUCCCAAUAUCCACGCCCAAGCCUCAUCCUCCACGACCAUUCCUUACUCUCCACGCUCAUUCCUCAUCCUCCACGCUAAUCCUCAUCCUCCACGCCCAUUCCUCACUCUCCAUGCCCAUUCCUCAUCCUCCACGCCCAAUCCUCAUCCUCCACACCCAAUCCAUCGUCCCCCACGCCCAAUCCUCCUCCUCCACACCCAAUCCUUCGUCCCCCACGCCCAAUCCUCCUCCUCCACACCCAAUCCUUCGUCCCCCACGCCCAAUCCUCCUCCUCCACACCCAAUCCUUCGUCCCCCACGCCCAAUCCUCCUCCUCCACACCCAAUCCUUCGUCCCCCACGCCCAAUCCUCAUCCUCCACUACCAAUCCUUCGUCCCCCACGCCCAAUCCUCCUCCUCCACACCCAAUCCUUCGUCCCCCACGCCCAAUCCUCAUCCUCCACACCCAAUCCUUCGUCCCCCACGCCCAAUCCUCCUCCUCCACACCCAAUCCUUCGUCCCCCACGCCCAAUCCUCCUCCUCCACACCCAAUCCUUCGUCCCCCACGCCCAAUCCUCAUCCUCCAAACCCAAUCCUUCGUCCCCCACGCCCAAUCCUAGGUGGCCCGACAAAGUCAUCCCUUUCUCCCCCUUACAAGAAUGGAUAUUCAGCCUCCCCGUCAUACACUAA